ACUGCACCCGAGCCAGCCGGCCACUUCGGGUUUCCAGCGAGCGAGCGAUCCUCCUGCUCAGCCUGCGAGUCCGACCGCGGUCCCCCGGGCUAACCGGUUACCCCGGCGCCUCUCCUGCGUCUUCGCCGCCGCUCCCGGCCGCUGAGCCCACGUCUACACAGGCUCCCUGCUGGGCACAGACAGCUCCACCAUGGGGCUGGCCUGGGGACUCAGUGUCCUGUUCCUGCUGCAGGUGUGUGGCAGCAACCACAUUCCAGAAUCUGGGGGAGACAACAGCGUGUUUGACAUCUUUGAACUCACCGGGGCUGCCCGCAAGGGCUCUGGGCGCCGGCUCGUGAAGGGUCCUGACCCUUCCAGCCCUGCUUACCGCAUCGAAGAUGCCAACCUGAUCCCCCCGGUGCCUGACGACAAGUUCCAGGACCUAGUGGAUGCUGUGCGCGCAGAGAAAGGUUUCCUCUUCCUGGCCUCCCUGAGGCAGAUGAAGAAGACCCGGGGCACGCUGCUGGCUUUGGAGCGGAAAGACCACUCUGGCCAGGUCUUCAGUGUGGUCUCCAACGGCAAGGCGGGCACCCUGGACCUGAGCCUGACCGUGCAGGGGAAGCAGCAUGUGGUGUCGGUGGAGGAAGCUCUGCUGGCGACCGGCCACUGGAAGAGCAUCACCCUGUUUGUGCAGGAAGACAGGGCCCAGCUGUACAUCGACUGCGAGAAGAUGGAGAAUGCUGAGCUGGACGUCCCCAUCCAGAGCAUCUUCACCAGGGACCUGGCCAACGUGGCCAGGCUCCGCAUCGCCAAGGGAGGCGUUAAUGACAACUUCCAGGGGGCACUGCAGAAUGUGCGGUUUGUCUUUGGAACCACACCAGAAGACAUCCUCAGGAACAAAGGCUGCUCCAGUGCAUCCACCAAUGUCCUUCUCACCCUUGACAACAAUGUGGUGAACGGGUCCAGCCCUGCCAUCCGCACUAACUACAUUGGCCACAAGACAAAGGACCUGCAGGCCAUCUGUGGCAUCUCCUGUGAUGAGCUGUCCAACAUAUUCCUGGAACUCAGGGGCCUGCGCACCAUCGUGACCACGCUGCAGGACAGCAUUCGCAAAGUGACUGAAGAGAACAAAGAGCUGGCCAAUGAGCUGAGGAAGCCUCCCCUCUGCUAUCACAAUGGGGUCCAGUACAGGAAUAACGAGGAAUGGACCGUGGACAGCUGCACUGAGUGUCGCUGUCAGAACUCAGUCACCAUCUGCAAAAAGGUGUCCUGCCCCAUUAUGCCCUGCUCCAAUGCCACAGUUCCUGAUGGAGAAUGCUGCCCGCGGUGUUGGCCCAGUGACUCAGCAGAUGAUGGCUGGUCUCCGUGGUCUGAGUGGACCUCUUGCUCUGUGACAUGUGGCAAUGGAAUUCAGCAGCGUGGCCGCUCCUGUGACAGCCUCAACAACCGAUGCGAGGGCUCCUCGGUCCAGACGCGGACCUGCCACAUCCAGGAAUGUGACAAGAGAUUUAAACAGGACGGCGGCUGGAGCCACUGGUCCCCGUGGUCAUCCUGUUCUGUGACAUGUGGAGAUGGUGUGAUCACAAGGAUCCGGCUCUGCAACUCUCCCAGCCCCCAGAUGAAUGGGAAACCAUGUGAAGGCGAAGCUCGGGAGACCAAGGCCUGCAAGAAAGAUGCCUGCCCCAUCAAUGGCGGCUGGGGUCCUUGGUCUCCAUGGGACAUCUGUUCUGUCACCUGUGGAGGAGGGGUGCAGAAACGAAGCCGGCUCUGCAACAACCCCGUGCCCCAGUUUGGAGGCAAGGACUGCGUUGGUGAUGUGACAGAAAACCAGAUCUGCAACAAGCAGGACUGUCCAAUCGAUGGAUGUCUGUCCAAUCCCUGCUUUGCCGGUGUCAAGUGUACUAGCUACCCUGACGGCAGCUGGAAAUGCGGUGCUUGUCCCCCUGGGUAUAGUGGCAAUGGCAUCCAGUGCAAAGAUGUCGAUGAGUGCAAAGAAGUGCCUGACGCCUGCUUCAACCACAACGGGGAGCACAGGUGUAAGAACACAGACCCUGGCUACAACUGCCUGCCCUGCCCUCCACGCUACACUGGCACGCAGCCUUUCGGAAGGGGUGUUGAACAUGCCAUGGCCCACAAACAGGUGUGCAAACCACGCAACCCCUGCACAGAUGGGACACAUGACUGCAACAAGAAUGCCAAGUGUAACUACCUGGGCCACUACAGUGACCCCAUGUACCGGUGUGAGUGCAAGCCUGGCUAUGCUGGCAAUGGCAUCAUCUGUGGGGAGGACACAGACCUCGAUGGCUGGCCUAAUGAGAACCUGGUGUGUGUGGCCAACGCAACUUACCACUGCAAAAAGGAUAACUGCCCCAACCUCCCCAACUCGGGGCAGGAAGACUAUGACAAGGAUGGAAUCGGAGAUGCCUGUGAUGAUGACGAUGACAAUGACAAAAUCCCAGAUGAUAGGGACAACUGUCCGUUCCAUUACAACCCAGCCCAGUAUGACUAUGACCGAGAUGAUGUGGGUGACCGCUGUGACAACUGCCCCUACAACCACAAUCCAGACCAGGCAGACACAGACAACAACGGGGAAGGAGAUGCCUGUGCUGCAGACAUUGAUGGGGAUGGUAUACUCAAUGAACGAGACAACUGCCAGUAUGUCUACAAUGUGGACCAGAGGGACACUGACAUGGAUGGGGUUGGAGAUCAGUGUGACAACUGCCCCCUGGAACACAAUCCCGAUCAGCUGGACUCUGACUCGGAUCGCAUUGGAGACACCUGUGACAACAAUCAGGAUAUUGAUGAAGAUGGCCACCAGAACAAUUUGGACAACUGUCCCUAUGUGCCCAAUGCCAACCAGGCUGACCACGAUAAAGAUGGCAAGGGGGACGCCUGUGACCAUGAUGAUGACAAUGACGGCAUUCCUGACGACAGGGACAACUGCAGACUUGUGCCCAAUCCUGACCAGAAGGACUCUGAUGGUGAUGGUCGAGGUGAUGCUUGCAAAGAUGAUUUUGACCAUGACAACGUGCCAGACAUCGAUGACAUCUGUCCUGAGAAUGUUGACAUCAGUGAGACUGACUUCCGCCGGUUCCAGAUGAUUCCUCUGGACCCCAAGGGGACAUCCCAAAAUGAUCCUAACUGGGUUGUACGCCAUCAGGGUAAAGAACUCGUCCAAACUGUCAACUGUGAUCCUGGACUUGCCGUAGGUUAUGAUGAAUUUAACGCUGUGGACUUCAGUGGCACCUUCUUCAUCAACACUGAAAGGGAUGAUGACUAUGCUGGAUUUGUGUUUGGCUACCAGUCUAGCAGCCGCUUCUAUGUUGUGAUGUGGAAGCAAGUCACCCAAUCCUACUGGGACACCAACCCCACGAGGGCUCAGGGAUACUCAGGCCUCUCUGUGAAGGUUGUGAACUCCACCACAGGGCCUGGUGAGCACCUGAGGAAUGCACUGUGGCACACAGGAAACACUCCUGGCCAGGUGCGUACCCUGUGGCAUGACCCUCGUCACAUAGGCUGGAAAGAUUUCACUGCUUACAGAUGGCGUCUCAGCCACAGGCCAAAGACAGGUUUCAUUAGAGUGGUAAUGUAUGAAGGAAAGAAAAUCAUGGCUGACUCAGGCCCCAUCUAUGACAAAACCUAUGCUGGCGGUAGACUAGGGAUGUUUGUCUUCUCUCAAGAAAUGGUGUUCUUCUCUGACUUGAAGUACGAAUGUAGAGAUUCCUAAUCAACAAGCUGUUGAUCUAAAGACUGAUAAGAACCAGUGUUGGUAUUGCACCUUCUGGAACGAUGGGCUUGCGAAAACCCCCAGGAUCACUUCUCCUUGCCUUCCUUUUUUCUCUGCUUGCAUCCAUGUGGAUUCCUAGAACAUAGGACCUGCCUCAAGAAAAUGCAGUUUUCAAAAACAGACUCAGUAUACAGCCUCCAAUGAAUGAGAGAAGACAUCUUCCAAAAAUAUAAACAGUCACGUUGGUGUGUUUUUGAAAAAGCAAACACAUCUACUUGCUUCAGCUGGAAAGGUGCCUGCUCCACUCUGCUCGUGUCAGAGCAGGGUGCUGUUGUGGGGCUGUCUCUGAGCAGUGGACUCAGCAUUCUCAGGCGGGUCAGAGAAGGGAGGAAUCACUAGAAUUAGCAAACAAAAACAUACCUGACUACUCCCUCAGGGAUAGGGGGAGCAGGGGCCGGAGCACUAAGGGGGAGGGCGCAGACCCAACAGGCGAUCGAAUGAAGAAAAUAUGGAAGAACUGUUACAUGCUCGGUACUAAAUCAUUUUCAGGGGAUUGAAAGACUAUUGCUGGAUCUCAUGAUGCUGACUGGUGUUGGCUGAUGAACCCACGUGAAUUAGGCACUUAUAGAGGAGCAGGGGAGGGAGGGAAAGACUGGCUUCUGGACUUCUUCCCUGACCCCAGGCCGUUACACAUCAGAAUAAGAAGUCAGAAUGAAACCAGUGUCAGUACUGGCUGCCAUUGCCUUAUGGCAUUGAAAUUCCUGAUUUUCUUCCAGAUGUAGCUUGUGUAGAUACAGCGUGAAAGUAGGAAAACCUACCAUCUCAGCGAGCACCAGCUGUCUCCCAAGGGAGGGGCAGCUGUGCUUCUAUUUUUAUGGUUAGAAAGGCACAAAAUUAUCAUCAUCCUAACUAAAACAUUCCUGUUCUCUCUUUUUCUGAAUUACCAUGGAGUUCUCCAGUGCUCUGUUUUGAGUGAUAGAACUGUUUUGUUUUUUUUUAAACAAACACUUUACAAUAUAAGAUAUUUACUGACUUACUGCAGAGGAUCUGUCUGAAUGAUUAUUCAUGGAACAGGAAGAAGUGUCAGGACUGUCCAUAUCAUCUUUGCUAAGAGUCUUCAUGACUGUAAGAUUGUAAAUACAGAUUAUUUAUUAACUCUGUUCUACCUGGAAUUAGGUUUUAUAUGGAAAGCGUUUGAGAGCAGGUCACUGAGAUAUAUCAGCAAAUGGCUUGCAAGAAUGGCGCUAAGGAAAUCAGCUGUAACAAGCUGUUCCUGGUGCUCAGAGCGAGGGAUUUGGGACUUUAUUUUCUUUGUUCUGUCUUCAAGUGGAAUUCAUUGGUUGUCCAUUUGCAAGUGUUUUAGAUUGCAAAGAAAGCCAUGAGGUCUUUAAUAAUGUUUUAUCCCAUCCCUUGUGCCUGUUUCCAGGGAGGAGAAAUGCAUAUACACUUUUUUUUUUCAUUUUUCCAAAAGAGAAAAAAAUGACAAAGGUGAAACUUAUAUACAAAUAUUACCUCAUUUGUUGUGUGACUGAGUAAAGAAUUUUUGGAUCAAGCAGAAAGAGUUUAAGUGUCUAAAAACUUAAAGCUACUGUAGUACCUAAAAAAGUCAAUGUUGUAAAUAGUAUAAAAUUUCUUUGCAGAAAAGUAUUCCCAGUAAGGAAAUCGCAUUGAAAUGUUGAAUACAGUUUCUGAAAGUUAUGUUUUUUUCUAUCAUCUUGUAUACCAUUGCUUUAUUUUUAUAAAUUAUUUUCUCAUUGCCAUUGGAAUAGAUAUCUCAGAUUGUGUAGAUAUGCUAUUUAAAUAAUUUAUCAGGAAAUACUGCCUGUAGAGUUAGUAUUUCUAUUUUUAUAUAAUGUUUGCACACUGAAUUGAAGAAUUGUUGGUUUUUCUUUUUUUUAAUUUGUUUUUCGCUUUUUACUCCCCAGUUUUUACUAUUUGCCAAUACCUUUUCUAGGAAUGUGCUUUUUGUACACAUUUUUAUCCAUUUUACAUUGUAAAGCAGUGUAAGUUGUAUAUUACUGUUUCUUAUGUACAAGGAACAACAAUAAACCAUAUGGAAAUUUAUAUUUAUA